AUGGGGCUCCCCGUGAAUUACGCUCGUACUCCCGUCAACGACGCCAAUGUUCGCGCCUGGCUGCGAGGCUCCAUCGACGACGCCAUGUGCGACGUCGCUCACUCGUUACAGUCACAAGCAAACGACACAAUGGACACAGAUCUCCAGCCCGAGCACACCGCAUCGCUACCCAGAUCCUAUGGAAGCCAUUUCCCGUUCAGUAUUUCCCGUUUUUUCAGCCGGAAAGGCUCCCGGCGAGCGCUUAUUUCGCGGCUCGACCAUCCCGAUGCGGCGGCGGACCUCGCGAGCCGAAAUGGUUCUUUGAGCGCGACGGAGGACGCGGCGGUUAGCCACCACAUGAGCUGCAUGCUUCCUGACUAUGUUGCCAAGAACUAUUCGCGGUCCGACGUGCUGCAGCACAUGGACCUUCUUAAGGAGGCGUCGGCGCUUAAAGAGGGCGUGCCUGCGCUGCGGCUCGACAUGCGCGCGACCGACAGCGGCGACUCGACGACGACGGGCGACGAGAGCGAGACGGACGACUCGUCGAUUGGCGGGUUUUCGUUAUCGUCAGUGGACGACGUCUCGUGCACGGGCAUCAUGAGCAUCAGUUUCGCGUGUAGCGCGCGCGUAUGCAAGCGGAGCUUGACCGCCGCCUUCCAGCGCACCGGCCCGCCUGUUAGUCCAAGUCUCACGCCUCGAGCCCCAUCGUCGAAGAGUGUCGCAGGCGACGCUAACGACCUCCUGCAAGUGUUACUCUUCAACAGCCGCAGCCCGUCGAACCAAUUCUGCGAGUUUCUUCUCAAUCCGCUCAAGCUCGAAAUCGGCGCGCUUAUCGCCGUGGGCGCGUCGGGCGAGGUGCGUCGCGGCAGCUACGAGGGAAAGGCGGUGGCUGUGAAGAUAAUGAAGGGUGACACAAUCGAUCGCCAUGCCAGCGCGACGGAAUUUCGACAGGAAGUGCAGACGCUGAUAUCGUGCGACGAGUGCCCGCGACUGCUGGAGUUUGUCGGUGUGUGCCUCGACACGCGCCGUCGCAUGUGCAUCGUCACGCGACUCAUGGAAGGCGGCACGCUCAGCGACCUUGUGCGACGUCGCCACGGCGAGCGGCUCCCGCUCGGCGACGCUCUGCGAAUCGCGCACGACGUCGCAGAGGGCAUGGCGUUUCUCCACGCGCGCGGCGUGAUUCACCGCGACCUGAAAUCCGCCAACGUCCUCCUCGAUUCUGCCGGUCGCGCGGUCGUCGGCGAUUUUGGCGUGGCGCGGCUGAAGGGGGAGCGCGGCGACAUGACCAAGGAGGUCGGAACUUACCGUUGGAUGGCGCCUGAAGCGUUCGGAACGAGCGCGUGGCACGUGACGCACAAGAGCGACGUGUACAGCUUCGGGGUCGUGCUUUGGGAACUCGUCGCGUGUCAGGUUCCGUUUGAGGAUUAUACUCCGUUACAAGCAGCGGUGGCGGUGGCGCUUAACGGGUUGCGGCCGACGAUUCCGGCGGAUUGCCCGGCGGGGCUGCGACGGCUGAUUGAGCGGUGCUGGGAUAAGUGCCCCGAGGCGCGCCCCGAGUUUGACGAGGUCGUGAAGGAAAUCGCGGCGCUGCAAGAGCAGUUUUGCCCGGGGACGGCUCGCCUCACAGUCAUCGCGAAGGCGAAUCCGAAGCAUCAGGAGCAUCAGCAGUCGUCGAAGAAACCGGGAUCGACCGCCAAGGUCGCUUCUCGCCGGCAGACCAACACCCGAGUCGCAGUCCAGGGCUACCAAGGCGGGAACCGGACGGAAGGCGACGCGUCGUCGGACGAGGACGCGGCGCGCGCGGAGGAUCUGCGCGACGCGCUGAAGGAGGCGCAGUUCGUGCGGUGGUUCCGCGAGGCGUGGCCGUACAUUCAGGGCCACCGUGGCAGCACGUUCGUGAUCGUCGUUCCUGGCGAUGUCGUCGCGAACCGUCAGAUCUUCGACUCCAUCCUGCAGGAUGUAGCGUUGCUGCACGGGUUGGGAGUGCGAAUCGUGCUCGUGCCGGGGAGCCACGUGCAGAUUAACGAGCUCCUCGAGGAGCGCGGCGUCGCGUCCGUGUUUCACGGCGCGUAUCGCGUGACGGACACGGAGGCGCUGGCGGCGGCGAUGGAGGCGUCGGGGCGCACGCGCGUGGACAUCGAGGCGAAGCUGUCGCGCGGCCCGGUGAUCCCGGUGCUGCGAAGGCACGGCGAGAGCGAGAAGUGGCACGAAGUGGGCAUCAGCGUCGCUAGUGGCAACUUCGUGCACGCCAAGCGGCGGGGCGUGGUGGGCGGCGUGGACUACGGGGCGACGGGCGAGGUGAAGCGCGUGGACGUGGCGCGCAUCAGGAGCCGCCUCGACAGCAGCUGCGUCGUGCUGCUGAGCAACCUCGGAUUCACCCCGGCCGGAGAGGUUCUAAACUGCAACACGUAUGAGGUCGCCACGGCGUGCGCCAUAGGCUUAGGAGCCGACAAGCUCAUCUGUCUUCUCGACGGCGCAGUCGCGGACAACCGCGGGCGACUGAUCCGGUGGCUGACGCUGCAGCAGGCGGAUGUCAUUAUAAGGAACCGCGCCACGCAGAGCUAUACCGCUGCAGACAUGAGCUUUGAGAAGCCUGGACCGCCCCUGCCCACGUUCAGUGGCGGACGGGAGGGGGGGGACGCGCGGAGCAGCAGGCCCAAUGGCGCGGGCGCAGGGGGGUUGGGCGCGCGGGAGAGCUGGGGGAAUGGCGCAUUGGCGGAGGCGGGGUUUGGGGAGGGUGCUGCGCGCGGGUGGGGGGGGAAUGGGGGGAGUGGCGGGGCGGGGAGGGCGGAGGAGAGGCGGGGGUUUGCAGUGGGCGGAGAGGAGCGAUCGGUGCAGCGAUACGGGUUCCUGUCGGAGCUCACUGCUGCUGUUUAUGCAUGCCGGGGCGGGGUGAGGCGGGUGCAUUUAUUGAACAGUGCAGUGGAGGGCACAUUGCUACUGGAGCUGUACACGCGUGAUGGCGUCGGCACCAUGGUGUCCAGUGAUCUGUACGAGGGCACGAGGGCAGCUCAAGUGUCGGACAUGCCCGGCAUCAGAGCGCUGCUGGAACCCCUGGAGGCUGCUGGCGUGCUGCUUCCUAGAGGGGAUGAGCAGCUGCGCAGGGAGCUCCCAUUCUUCACGGUGGUGGAGAGGGACGGCCACACCAUCGCCUGCGCGGCGCUCUUCCCCUUCCCCUCCGCACGCAUGGCUGAAGUCGCUGCCUUUGCCGUCUCGCCUGCAUCAAGAGGGAACGGGCGGGGAGACAACCUGCUGGCGUACUUGGAGAAGCGGGCGAUGGACAUGGGCAUGGAGAAGCUGUUCCUCAUGACCACACGCACGGCCGACUGGUUCGUCCACAGGGGCUUCGAGCCGUGCGAGCUGGAGCGGCUACCAGAGGAGAAACUGAAGAAGGUGGACCGCAGCCGGGGGUCAAAGAGCUUUGUGAAGGACCUGGAAGUGAGCGACGAGGAGGAUGCUGACAGUGAUGACGAGUGGGGUGACGAUGGCUUGCCGACCGACCUUCCCAAGUAUAGACUCAGGGGUGAACUCGCGGCAGGAGGGUCCAAGAGCUCAGUGAAGGACCUAGAAGUGAGUGAUGAGGAGGAUGCAGACAGCGAUGAGGGGGAUGCAGACAGCGAUGAGGAGGAUGCAGACAGCGAUGAGAAGUGGGACGAUGGCGGACUGCCCACCGACCUUCCCAAGCAUUCUUAG